AUGAGGCAACGCUGCUUCUUAACGCUAUUUGUGGCCAGCAUUGUGUGGCUGGCAUUGGCCAACAGUGCCGCAGGCGAGACAAGGAUCGAGGUGGACGAGAAUGGCGAUGAAUACGAACUUAAGCGUUUCUACAUCCAGGGACGCCAACUGAGCGGCACCGGCAGCAAAUCCCAAUGCGUGGUGACGCGUCGGAAGCGCGCCAGUCGAUCCAUGGCAUUGCCUGCCGCUGGCGUGAGUGUCAGCUCGCAAUCGUUGAGCUUGAGUGGUGCUCUGCCAAAUGGAGCUCCCGAGCAUCGGGAGGUCGUAACAGACAACAGUGGCAAGCGUCGCUAUGUCGCAUUGACUGCGUUGCAACUGGAGAACGCCGAGGACGAUGAUGAGGAAGAGGAUGAUGACGAUGAUGAGGAACAGGAUGAUGAGGAGGAGACCCAGCAGUCGCCCCCACAAACGAAUCUGUUGGCUGCCACCUUUGCUCUGCCCGCCACCUCGCAACCGAAUGCUGCCCACUUGCCACAAGGCGUCAGCGUCGUGGCCAAUGCAGCGACGCAUGCCAAUGUUGGCGGCGAUGCGGGCAUUGUGGUCAUCGAAUCCGAGCAGCCACCCAAGGUGAAUCCCAGCACACACGCGGUGUUCGAGUUGAAGCCCCUGAAGCAACAGUUGGCCCCACCACAGCCUCUUGAGCUCCAGUAUUGGCCUCAGGAUAUGCGUGAAUUUGUGAACGAUGCCGAAGCUGAUGACGAUGAUGAUGAUGAGGACGAUGAGUUGUUCUACUAUGGACCGGGCUACUAUGAUGAGUAUGAUCAUUUUGUCACCGAGGACAGUCCGGUGAGCACCUCGGCCAUUUGGAGCACCGAUAAUAGCGAUAUUCACCCGGUGAUCAAUGAAGUUAAUCAGCAUGUGGAUGAGGACAAGAAGAAACAGAAGCAGAAGCGCAGAAAACCCAGCCAGGAGUCCACGGGAGUGAAGCGCAAGUCGCAGCAGCAGAAGAAGAAGCGUCCCAUUCAGCAGCUAGAUGAAGAGCAACCCGUCGAGGAGACAUCUCAGAAGCGUAAGAAACAACAGCAGCAGCAGAGCAACAGCGUCAGCAGCGGUGUCCGACGCAAGCCAAGCAAGAAGCCAGCUAGCUCCUCUGUCGGUUCUUCCUCCGGUUCAGCUUCCGCUGUGAGUGCCGCCUCCAGCUCCGAUUCCGGAAGCUCUUCAGCCAUGUCCAACUCGAACAAGCGCAAGCGUCCAUCGAGCGGUGGCAACAACAAGCGCAAGACGAGCACUAGUCAGCGCCAGAAGCCGAAGAAGAAGAAGUCAAAGAAGCCCAGACCCAGUAACGGUGUCUCCAACUCUAAUCCGAACAAGCGCAGACGUCCCAGCGGCUCCUCUUCCUCAUCCUCAUCCUCAGCCGCCAUCGGUGGCUACAAGCGUCGUCGUCCCCAAUCGGGAGCUGCAUUGGGAGCUGGCGCAAAUCUGACCCCGGCGCAACGUCGUCGUCGCAAGCAACAGCAGCAGGAGAAGCGUCGUCGCCAGGAGCUGCAGCGUCGUCGUCGUCGUCGGAACAAGAAUCGUCAGAAUGGCGGUGGAAACCGUCGUCGCUAUUACGGCGAUGAGCCCAUCAUCAAUUGCAUCUACAUCAACAAGGAUCCACCAGCGACCACAACCACAGCGCGUCCCUUCUGGAACAUCCUCGGACGUGAUGCAGCCAAUCCUGCCAAGCCAGCGUCAGCUGGAUCAUCAGCUGGAGUAGGAGGAGAUGUUGCCGGUCCAGUUGCUGGCGACUUUGGACUUCGCAAGCGCACAAAUCUGCGUUUUGUUGCCUAA